AUGGGGCCACUCACUCGAACGCCUCUUCUUCCAACUUUGAGGCGGCCGGAACACUGCGAAACAACUGCACGCAGUUACCCGUGCCGUACUCGAAUGAAGCUGUAUUCCGAACGAGGCCGGAAUCCUGACUCCACUUUUGGAUUCACGUCUGAUCGGUGCUCAUUCAGGAAAAUCAUGGCGCGUACAUCCGAGUAUGAUGAUUUUAUGAACGAGGAUGACGUCAUAGCAGUUUGCGCGGCCUUGAUAACCGCGACAUCUCCAGGUACCGGGGGCGUGUACCACGGAGCGCCCGAAGCGAAACUCUCCGGACUCGUGGCGUUCGAGCGACUCGGCUCAACGCUAUGGACGAAUCGCGUUUCCCUGGCAGCAUCGGCGGUGGCACGAGCUGCGUCCACAGUAGUCAUGUUCCCGCUGGAUACGCUUAAAACACGUCUGCAGAGUGCAGACACUGCAGCGCUGGGUCCGCGCGAGGCCCUGCGCAAGGUCCUGACCCAGGGCCACUUCUAUCGGGGACUAGGUUCAACACUGUUCGGUCAGGUGCCGUAUGGUGCUCUGACGUUUGGUACAUACGAGUGCUAUAAGCAGGCACUCGAGGAAUGGGGUCUAGCGUCUCGGCGGCUUCGGUGGAUGCUUGCUGCGGUGCUCGGUGACCUCACCGGCUCGCUGUGGCUGACCCCCAGCGAGCUCAUUAAGCAGCAGCUACAAAAUAUGCAUAACACUGGGACCAGGGCGGCACAAGCGGCUACCGUUUGGCAGGUCAUUGGCCAGAACUGGCGACAAUAUGGUAUCGCUGGUUUUUAUCGAGGCUACAGUGGUCAGGUCGCUCGCGAUGUUCCGUUUCGGGCGAUUCAGCUGCUUCUUUUCGAGGACGCACGAGAGCGCCUCGAACGCUAUCGACGGCGAGCACUGACACCUUUGGAGAAUCUUGCAGUUGGAGCGUAUGCAGGCUGUUUAACUGCAGCGGUAACGACUCCACUAGAUGUGAUUAAAACACGCUUGAUGACGGAUCGAACGUAUCGUCACGCUGGAGACGCGCUCUGGCAGCUGUUGCGAACGCAACCGCGGGCUCUUUUCCGGGGAAUCGUUCCACGCGUGCUCUAUAUUGCUCCCUCAAGUGCGAUUUUCUUCAUCGUUUACACUUUUCUACAGAGACGCUGGGAUGCCAAAGCAGCAGCUUGGGAGAAACGGGGACGGGAUGCUUCGUGUACGCCAACAAAGCGAAACCGGGGUGGCUCGCGCUUUUGUGCGAUCGAUUCGAAGUUUUCGGGGAGAAAACCCUUCUCGCUCGCUCGGUCAAUGGGUUUGUGCGCAUAG